UCACUCUAACUAACACAUGAUACAUAAACAAACUCCAUAUAUAUAAACCUAACAAGAGCAUAUACAUGUCCAUUUGAUCCCUCUUCUCAAUUUUCCACUGAAUCAUGGGAGGAGAGGAAGAGAAGAGAAAAGAAGUCGACGCCGCGGCGGUGAAGAGGAUUGUGAAGCAGCUAAACUUCGGGGGGUCGGAGGAGGAGAGAGCCGAGGCGGCCUCGGAGGUUGGGAGGCUGGCGAGGGCCGACGGUCGCACGAAGAGGUUUCUGGCGGAGCUCGGAGUCGUGCCGACGCUUGUUCGCAUGAUAUUCGAUUCUCGCGAUCUUCGUAGCAGGAUUUCGGCGGCCGAGGCUUUGAUCGAGCUCGGUAGAGGUACCUUCAAAAACAAGGUGCUUAUGGUAGAAGCAGGUCUCCUAACAAAAUUGCCCCAGCUUAUGCCUAACAAGGACUUCUCAAGAAGCCAAGAGCUUUUUCUCCUCCUCUCCUCCAUCUCCUCCCUAGCGAAAACCGAUUUCGCCCUCAACACCUCUCACAUUCUCCCCCUCGUAUUCGAAACUCUCAACGCGAACGACGCAACGGAGAACACGAAGUUGGCGUGCUUAGCCACCCUAUACAACCUCUCAACGAAGCUAGAUAACUUCAAAAGCAUUGUAUCCAAUGACACAAUACAUGCAUUACUUACCUUAUCAUUGGAUAGGAGGACCUCAGAGGGGGCUCUCUCAAUUCUAAGCAACUUGGUAGUGAGCCCCGCGGCGAAGAGACGCAUCGCAGACCACUCCGCGGUCCCGAAAGCGUUCGUGGUGGUCAUGUCGUGGGACGAUAAGCCCAAGUGUCGAGAGCUCGCGGUGUAUCUAAUGAUGGUUGUAGCCCAAAAUGGAUGUAGAGUGUACAGGGAGAAGUUGGUUGAGCACGGGGCGGUGGAAGUGCUUUUGGAGAUCGCGUUGCUGGGGAGCGACAUCGCGCGGAGAAGGGCGAUGAAGAUACUGCAGUGGAUCAAAAAUGAAGGGGAAGUGAGGAUGAGAGUGCAUUCGGGGCCGCGAGUCGAGAGGGUGUCUCUGUUUGAUGGUUGCAGUGGAGAUAGAGAGGAGGAGCAAUGUAGAAGAGCCAUUGGAGAGAUGGUUAAGGAGAGCCUUAAGAGGAACAUGGCAUCCAUUUUGAGAAAGGCCACUGCAAUAGAGGGUUUUUCUAAUGUUAAGGGUUUGUGCACUAGCUCUAGCUCUAAGAGCUUGCCUUACUAGUACUUUUAGACAUCCACUCUUGUAUUGUAUCUUGGCACUACAUAAUAUUACUUUCGUGGUUGAGGUUGCAAGGGAAAAGAUUAUUAAAAUGGGAAA